GUUGGGCGCCCUCCCGGCUCCCCAUAAAUCCCGGCCGCGCCACAUGCCACACACCCCCACACUUCCAGACUUGGCAACCCCAACGGCUACAAGAGCAGAGCAGAGCCGGCAGCACGCGAGAGACAGAGAGAGACAACUCGGGCGCGAUGGACGUGUACAUCGCGGAGGAGUACGUGGCCCAGCGGCGCGCCGAGAGGAGGGCCGCGCGCGUCGCCGCGGCCGCACGCUGCGGAGAGGAGAAGGCGCGGGCGGACAGCGAGCAGAAGCGGCGGUGGACGGAGGACGGCAAGCGGCCUGCCGACGGCGGCGAUGCCGGCGGUGGCGCCGCCGCCGCCUGGCUGCAGGCAGGGGAGGACGCCGUUCUCAGCUACUUGUCGGCUUAGGACACGUGCGUGCGGUACGGGCGGACGUGUCUCCCUGCGUGCGUACGUCCAGCUAGGCAAUGCAAAUAGACACACAUACACACACACAUGCGCCAAUGCCAUGCACAAUUUGCGUGGAUUGCGUUUGGUGGAGCCAAGUCAGUCGCGUGCAUGUGGUUGCUGGGCGAUACCAGUUCAGCUCAUCCACCCUUUUUUUUUUUUUGCCAUGGCCAAUUGGCCGCCACCGCGCCACGUCUCGCGGAUAUAGAAGUUCAUGUCUGGCAGUAAAAAUAAACUGGCCUCGCUUGAUCUA